AGAUGUAUUAAUGGUAGGGCUAAAACAGUGUCUCAAAAACAGCAUGAGAACGACAGAACUUGACAACUAAUUACAUUUUUAUGGGACUCCUUCUUGAAGACCAACGUUACAAUAUAUACAUAAUAAACAAGGCAAGGUUCAUCAAGCCAUCCCCACUAUGGACCCACUUAGGAGAACAGCCGUGCAAGAGGACAUGGUCCAGUACUAUCUCUUCUUGGUUCAGCCCAACCUCUCAGACACACAGGCUGACGAACUGUGUCUGCAACACCUAGUGGAGGAGAUUUUGGCCAAGGUUGCCCCUCUCCUUAUGCAGUAUAUCUGGCAACAGCAGCCAUUCAACCUCAAGUACCACACUGAGAAAGGGGGAGUUCCUGCACACAUUGGAGGUAGCACUGUGUUUGGGGACAGUGUGGAAGAUGAGUGGUUCAUCGUAUACCUCCUCCUCCAAAUCACACAAGCCUUCCCUGAACUUGCUGCCAGGUUAGAGGACAAUGAUGGGGAGUUCCUUCUGAUUGAAGCAGCAGACUAUCUUCCCAAGUGGUUGAAUCCAGAGAGCAGUGAAAACAGAGUGUUCCUCCACAGAGGUGAGCUGUACAUCCUGCCCUGUCCCUCCCGCUCUAGCGAUGUUGGCCUGCCCAGGGACGUGGUGCCCAGUGUGACCCAGGCUCUGGCACUGCUCUCAUCCCACACACAGGCCUGUCUAGCCAGCCCCAAGAUCCGCACUGCCCUGAGGAAAAGACUGGAGGGAUAUCCAGAGAAGAUCCAGGCAAACCUUCACCAUGCUCACUGCUUCCUGCCCGCGGGCAUCGCUACAGUGUUGGCACAGCGACCAGACCUGGUUGCCCCGGCAGUGUCAGCUUUCUACCUGAGGGACCCAGUAGAUCUCCAGGCCUGUCGGACAUUCCAGACCUUUUCCGCCGACACACGAGUCCUAACCUCGGUGACGUUCACCCGUUGCCUGUACGCCCAAUUGCUGCAGCAGCAUUUCACCCCCGACCGGAGGAGUGGGUUCACCCUGCCUGCCCGGUCCCACCCCCUGUACCGUGCCCACAAGCUGGGCAUGAAACUGGCCCAUGGCUUUGAAAUCCUGUGCUCCAAAUGCAGACAGCCAUCAUCUGUGCCUGAUGCUCCCAUCAGCUGUAACCCCUUGUGGAAAGGAUUCCUGAACAGUCUGAAGAAGAAUGGUUAUUUCAGAGGGGAGCUGGAGGGCUCUGCACAUUACAGAAAACUGAUGACCUCAGCAGAGAACUUCUUUAAGCAGUCAAUCACCCCAACACACAGCUCAGGUGGCAGGGCCCCUGGUGAGGAGGUCCUUCAGCUGCUACAGAGCUGUGCUCCCUACAACCUGGAUGAGCUGAGUAAACGGGAGGCCCAUCUACCUCCAGAGGAUAGUGAAAGUUGGCUGGAUAUUUCAGCCCAGGAGCUGGAGUGUCUGUUGGAGGAAAGAGUGGGGAGUGGAGUGGGGUUGGGUGGCUCAAAGCCCAGCCUGAGCAAACAUACGCAGGGGGGAAGGAGUGAGAAAGAGGCUAAUGAGAAAGAGGAGGAGGAGGGGGAGGAGGAGGAGGAGGGCAGCUACAGCCUGGUGGCUGUGACCCAGGGCAUGAAGAACUUCAUCAACGCCAUGUCUUCACACGAGGGGGCUGAACUACCCUGGUCCCAUUCAAAUGAGCCAUUCAGGUUUGAUCCAGACUCCAUGGCCAGUGCACUGGACAGACUACUGGGGGCUAAGGACGAGGAGUUGGACUCAGACGACCUAGAUGAUGAUGGCGAUGAUGAUGAUGAAGAUGAUGAGGGAGUGAAGGGUCCUGCUGGACUGCCAGGGGAGGAAGGGGCAGAGGCUUUGGAAGGUCUUAGGAAGUACAUGGAUGAGAUGGAUCAUGAGCUUAUGGGCACAAACAUCGGACAGAGCUUCAACCAGCAGCAGGACACCAGUAAAGCAGGCCCAACAGCCAACGGCUGCCCUUGUUCCCCCGGCGGGGAGGAUCUGCUGGGUGAGGAUGAAGAGGAGAUCCAGCCCCUGAACAUAGACCUUAACCUGGUCACUAACCUCCUGGAGUCUCUGAGCUCCCAGGCUGGCCUGGCCGGGCCUGCCUCUAACCUGCUGCAGAGUCUGGGCAUCCACCUGCCCCCCAAUACUGACCGUUCAUGAUGAACACCUGCCCUCAAUCACUGACCUUUCAUGAUGAACACCUGACCUUUCAUUAUGACCUAGCAAAGAACACCGCCCAUAUCUUACUGAACAGCCAAGAUACACUGGACUUUAAACUCCUGGCUCACAUGGAGUACACCAUGGACCACACCAGCCAGAAUCAAUAUUGAUAAUCAGGAUAGUGGUUUGACAACUGGAUGAUGUUUGUCAUUCUAAAAGUGAACUGUAACCAUAAAACUUUGUGAUCCUAACAUAGCACUUGUAUUGCUGUUGGAUAUAUUAAUCUGAUUCUGACCGUCCUAAAUAUGUGUAUUUUCAAAUGUUUUUUUACAGCACUUAGUCAAAUAAUAAAGACAUUAUUUUGGGGGGACAAAAUGUGUAACCAUUUUCUAAAUUAAUGAUGUUAAAUGUGGUUUCAAGGCAGUGAAAAUAACUUUUUCUUCACUCACCUUGUGCCUUUUUAUUAUUGGAAUCACAUAGUUAUUCAAUAUUAACCAAAGCCCAUCCAUUUUCAGUAAUACAUUUGAGAUCAGCUUGUGGACUUGCUCACUGACCAGGUUUCCAUCCAACCUUUUUAUCUGAGUUAAGUACAUGUGGGAUAAAAAAAAAUGUCAAUACAGGCUUGAUGGAAACAGCAAAUUUGUCAUUAAACU